AUGAUAGGGCUUAAUUACAGGACCAGUGACACGUUUGUUUAUUUUGGAUUAUCACUUUAUACAACGCGUUUAGCUGGAAAUAAAUACUGGAAUUAUGCGUUAUCGGGUUUGGUCGAGUUACCUGCUUAUCUUUUCGUACCGCCCGUACUAGAGAAUGAAAUAUUUCCGACAACGAUGCGCAACGUUUGUUUGGGGCUGUGCGCCGUAAUUGCGCGAAUUGGAGGCAUUGUUGCACCAUAUGUCGCUUUACUGGUUUGUUUCAUUGAAUCCUUCUGA